AUGGGCAUCUUCUCCAUCCUGGAAGAGGAGUGCAUGUUCCCCAAGGCAACUGACACCUCUUUCAAGAACAAGCUCUAUGACCAACAUCUGGGCAAGUCCAACAACUUCCAGAAGCCUAAGCUUGUCAAAGGCAAGGCUGAAGCCCACUUUUCACUGAUACACUAUGCUGGCACAGUGGACUACAACAUCUCUGGCUGGCUUGACAAGACCAAGGAUCCCUUGAAUGAAACUAUUGUGGGGCUGUACCACAAAUCAUCCCUGAAGCUGCUGUCAUUCCUUUUCUCUAACUAUGCUGGUGCAGAAACAAGUGAUAGUGGUGGUGGCAAGAAAGGUGCUAAGAAGAAGGGGGACUCUUUCCAGACGGUAUCUGCUGUGUCCAGGGAAAAUCUAAACAAGUUGAUGACUAACCUGAGAAGUACCCAUCCUCACUUUGUGCGUUGCCUGAUUCCUAAUGAGACCAAGACACCUGGUGAAAUGGACCAUCACUUGGUGAUGCAUCAGCUGCGGUGCAGUGGGGUUCUAGAAGGCAUCCAAAUUUGCAGGAAGGGGUUUCCAAACAGAAUCCUUUAUGCUGACUUUAAGCAACGGUACAAGAUUCUUGAUGCCUCAGCCAUUCCAGAAGGCCAAUUCAUUGACAGCAAAAAGGAUUCAGAAAAGCUUCUUUCCUCCAUUGAUGUUGACCACAACCAAUACAGAUUUGGCCUCACUAAGGUGUUCUUCAAGGCAGGUCUCCUGGGACUCCUAGAAGAGAUGAGAGAUGAGAAACUUAUGAGCCUCAUCACUCAUACACAAGCUAUGUGCAGAGGGUACCUCAUGAGAACUGAAUUUAAAAAGAUGAAUGAAAGAAGAGAAUCCAUUUAUAUCAUCCAAUACAAUGUUCGAGCAUUCAUGAAUGUCAAGCACUGGCCCUGGAUGAAGCUGUACUUCAAGAUGAAGCCCUUGCUGAAGAGUACAGAAUCUGAGAAGGAGAUAGCCAACAUGAAGGAGGAGUUUGAGAAAACAAAGGAAGAGCUUGCAAAGUCUGAGGCAAAAAGGAAAGAGCUAGAGGAGAAAAUGGUGACCCUGUUGCAAGAGAAAAAUUACUUGCAGCUUCAGGUUCAAUCUGAGAGUGAGAAUCUAGCUGAUGCUGAAGAGAGAUGUGAAGGACUCAUCAAAAGCAAAAUCCAGCUGGAAGGUAAAAUUAAAGAACUAAGUGAAAGGAUGGAGGAUGAAGAGGAGAUGAAUGCUGAACUGACAGCAAAGAAGAGGAAACUUGAAGAUGAGUGCUCUGAGCUGAAGAAAGAUAUUGAUGAUCUUGAACUGACUCUGGCCAAAGUGGAAAAUGAGAAGCAUGCAACAGAGAAUAAGGUUAAGAAUCUUACUGAAGAGACAGCAGCUCUGGAUGAAAAUAUUUCUAAACUCACUAAGGAGAAAAAGGCCCUCCAGGAAGCCCACCAGCAGACACUGGAUGACUUGCAAGUUGAGGAAGACAAAGUCAGCACACUCACCAAAACCAAGACCAAACUGGAGCAGCAAGUAGAUUAUCUUGAAGGAUCUCUGGAACAAGAGAAGAAACUGCGAAUGGACCUUGAAAGAGCAAAGAGAAAACUGGAGGGAGAUCUGAAAAUGUCUCAGAAUUCCAUCAUGGAUCUGGAAAAUGAUAAGCAACAGAUGGAUGACAGGCUAAAAAAAAAAGAUUCUGAAAUUAGCCAGUUGCAAAGUAAAAUUGAAGAUGAACAGGCUCAAAGUUCUCAGCUGCAAAAGAAAAUUAAGGAGCUUCAGAAGUUCUCAUUUAACCAAUUAACUUUCACAGCUCGAAUAGAGGAAUUGGAGGAAGAAAUUGAGGCUGAACAUGCAAUCUGUGCAAAGACUGAAAAGCAGCGAGUUGACCUCUCGAGGGAGCUAGAGGAGAUCAGCGAGCACCUGGAAGAUGCAGGAGGGGCUACCGCAGCUCAGAUAGAGAUGAACAAGAAGCGUGAGGCAGAAUUCCAGAAGAUGCGUUGCGACCUCGAGGAGGCCACGCUGCAGCAUGAAGCCACGGCUGCCGCCCUGCGGAAGAAGCAUGCGGACAGCACAGCUGAGCUUGGGGAGCAGAUCAACAACCUGCAGCGUGUGAAGCAGAAGCUGGAGAAGGAGAAGAGUGAGCUGAAGAUGGAGAUUGAUGACUUGGCCAGUAACAUGCAGUCUGUCUCCAAAGCCAAGGUUGCUGCACAGGAAGAAACAUUCCUCAUCACUACCAUUGUUCUUCUGAACAAUUAG